CGAAAUUUUCGUCCCCACCCCCAUUGUUAAUACUUCAUUUCCCAUCAUCCUCGCUCUAAAAACCCCGUUUUCACCGAAAGCCGAUUGCGAGAUUUGUUUGGUUCACUGAAGCGAUGCAUGUGUAUUGACCUGUGUAUAUUCGUUCGGUCUGAGGACGCUUUUAUGCAUCUGAUUCGCGAUGCCUCCGCCGCGCAAGCAGCACUACGGCAUUAAACACGCGAGCGGCUCACUGAUUCACUACAGACCGCCGGUGAGCGCGAUCACACAGCGUCGACACUCAGCCGUCGUGCCUUCGGUGCUGACGUUCGCCGUUAUCGUGGCAUCCGGAGGCCUGUUGCUCAUGAUAGAGAAGGGAAUGCUGAACAGCGUAGAGACUCCGCCGCCACGGGCAAACGGCAAGAGAUUCGCCAGAAACAACAACCCGGCUGCGGACGUGGAGUCGCAGAUUCUACAAGAGAUCCGUAACCGUACCAUCAGAUCAAUGUGCGGUCAGAGGAACACACCUAACAGCGUUUGGUCUCUCAGUCCCCUGCAGAGGAAGACCCUCCUCCAGCACAUCCUGGUGAAUGACGAGCAUCGUUUUCUAUACUGCUACGUACCCAAAGUGGCCUGUUCAAACUGGAAGCGCGUGCUGAAAGUCCUGAGCGGAGCUCUAGUCAACGUGAACGUCAAAAUGAAGAUGGACCAUCGUGCCGAUUUGCUUUUCCUGUCUGACUUCUCACCGGAAGAGAUUCGCCAUCGAUUGCGGCAUUAUUUUAAAUUCAUGUUUGUACGAGAGCCGAUGGCCCGCUUGCUUUCUGCCUACCGUAACAAGUUCGGCGAAAUCGAGGCCUACCAGCGUAAAUACGGCGCGGAGAUCGUACGACGGUAUAGAAAAGGCUACGCGAAGGCUAAAAAGAUAGCAGGAAACGACGUGACGUUCACAGAGUUUGUGCGUUAUUUGAUAGACGAGGAUCCUGAGCGCAUGAACGAGCACUGGAUGCCCAUCACCAACCUGUGCCAGCCUUGCGCUAUACAGUAUAAUUUCAUUGGCUCGUAUGAGAGGCUGGAGAGCGACGCGGCUUAUGUGUUGGAACGUGUCGGGGCGCCGCAACGCGUGCGUUUUCCUGAACGCCAGACGUGGUACAGACCUGUUACUAAAGAAACACUUCAUUAUUAUCUAUGCACUGUUCCUCAGAAGUUCUUGAAGGAGCUUCUGCCGAAGUAUAUUUUAGACUUCAGUCUGUUCGGCUAUUCUUUGCCCAACACAACCACUGAAUACUGUAGGCAUUAACAAAGACAUUGGGUUGAUACCUGCUUUGUAAGACUGACUGUAAUCUUGUCAAUAUUUGAGAAGUUUUUUUACAUGUACAGAAUUGAAAAGAGGCUUCAGUACAGUGUAUUGAAAGCAUUUGAAGUGCAAACCACUAUUUAACUGGAAGUAACUCGAUCAAGUGGUAUAUCCACACAAGCUGGUCAUAUAAACAUUGUGCUGUGCGCAAGACUAUCAUGGGACUUUAUAUCAAUAAGCACAAAUUCACUUAUCAGUGUAAUAUUUCUAGUAGGGCUGUGCAAUUAAUCGAAAAUAAUCGUAAUCGUCAAUUUUGGCCUUCAACAAUUACAAAAACAAAAUAAUCGAUGUAAAACGAUUAUUGUGCCGCAUUCCAUUUUGCAGGGAUCAUCACUUUUCUUGUGGUAUAAAUCCACAGCGCACCCCCUUCCUUUACUGUGGUUCAGCUGUGCUAUUUCUAUUUAUUUUUCAGUUGAAUUCACAUUUUAAAAGCAAAGUAUUUUUAUUUUCUAUGUUGUUAAGUAUAGUGUUAGAUAAUCAGGAUCUCAAUAUUGGCCAAAAUAAUUGUGAUUAUGAUUUUUGUCAUAAUCGAGCAGCCCUAAUUUCUAGUGUUUUAUUUUUGCUUAAUUAUCUAGCUGUGUAAUCAUUUUUGCGUUUGCUUUUACCCGUCUUGAGAGUGGAUUUGUCACUGAUCAAUGUUUAUUCACAGAGGUCUCCAUUUUGACACUAAAUGAAACAUGAAGCUCUUAGAGAGAGUGUGGGAUGUCCCCCAGGUAACUUUAUAUUCCUCACCUAUUUGUACCAAAUAAAUGGUUUUAUAAGUGACACGGAUUAAUAUAGCAAAAAAAUACAAUAUUUUUACUAUAGCUUUAAGACUUGAAGCUCCUUAUCUGCCAUUUGGUGUUUUGAAAAGAUGAGCUCUGGGUUGAGUCCCUUAAGAGAUUAAAAGAAUGCAGUUUCACAUCCAAAAGUUGGAGUAUUGUACAAUGAGGAAAUAAAACAUUUUUUUUA